AUGACUCUAAAUUUAAAGGAUCUUUACUCCGAAGAGGGAAAUAUAACCGAUUCAAUACGUUCAUCUCGCUCAAAGUUUAUGGACUGGAUCAAUGAAACAAAGAUGAAAACUACAGUGGAUAGUGAAAAGCUAAGAAGCAGCUCCUCAAAGAAAAUUGAACAACCAGGAAGCAGCUCAAGAGUGGAGAUUGAACAACCAGGAAGUAGCUCAAGAGUGGAGAUUGAACAACCAGGAAACAGCUCAACAGUGGAGAUUGAACAACCAGGAAGCAGCUCAACAGUGGAGAUUGAACAACCAGGAAGCAGCUCAACAGUGGAGAUUGAACAACCAGGAAGCAGCUCAACAGUGGAGAUUGAACAACCAGGAAGCAACUCAAGAAUGGAGAUUAAACAACCAGGAAGCAGCUCAAUAGUGGAGAUUAAACAACCAGGAAGCGACUCAACAAUGGAGAAUGAACAGACAAGAAGCAGCUUAAUAAUGACGGAAAAGUAUAAGAGUAGUUCGGCAGAGAAGAAAAAGCCAGAAAGUAACUGCUCGGUGUCGGCGAAUGACAAGCCUGAAAAUGGAGAUGAUGAUGGUGUCAGAAAUAAAUCAGUUGAUAAAGAUGUCUUGAAAAAAUUGUUAUUUGGCUCCCGAAUUCCAGUUCAUCUCUCCAAUCUUAUUUCCCCGUCAGACGAGAGCCUGGUCAGAUCAUUGGAUGAUGAACACUUAGAAAAAAUAUACACACAGAUCAAAAAGUCUCAUGGACAUUACACUACAUUAAUUGGUGUAGUUAAAACAGAGAUAGAGAACCCCGAAGUCCUUCGAAAUCCAAAUGUAGCAGAAAUUGAAAUAAUUGGAGGGAAUCACACAAGGAAAGUUUUACAACGACUUCUACAGGAAGGAAUCUUAGAUGAUGAUUAUUGUGCCCUUGUUGACGUUUAUGAAAAUUUAACUACAGCCCAGAUUCUCCAUCUUGGAUUCAUGCAUAAUGAAAUACAUGAGUCCUCCAGAAAAAUGACAUUCAAAGAGAAGGUUCUUCUCUUUAGGAAACUCAGAUUUGGGGUCCUUGCGGAGGAGGAAAAUACACGGAAAGGCGCCAUAUUGUGGAGAGGCCGUGUGGCAACCGUGACAAAUAAAACAAGGAACGAAGUCAAGAAUGCUUAUAAAGUGCAUUUAAAUCUGGCAUCACAGGACAAAGAAGUUUGGGAAUGCAUAGAAAAAGUUUUUCAAGCCUGCAAAUGUGGCAGUGUCAAAGGAUUAAAAUCAAGUGAUGAGUUAAGCCAAUACGACUUCCUCCACUUCUCCAAAGUAAAGGAGGUUGAGGAGAGGAAACAGCUUCUCCUUAAACUAGCAGAAGGAAGUAUAGACGUAGCAGAGUUCAGAGAGAAUACAAGAAAACAACGUGCACUAAAGGGCAAGAAGAGCAUCGCCACGGUAGAGAAAACAAAAACACCCGAAAAGACUCAAGCAUCUGAAUUUAGAGAGACUGAGGAACAUUUCCACACAGAAGAAAUAAGGGAGCAAGAAGACAGUAUUUCGGAAAGUGACGAAAAGAGGAAUUUAGAAGAAAUAGAGGCAUUAAAGAUGAAAGCAAAUGACCUCCGAGAACAACUCAAGAACGUUAAGGAGAAAAACAGAAGAAUGGAGGAGAAGCUUGCACUCAAUAGCAAGCUAUUAUCUGAGCAGGAAAAGGAAAUUGAGAGCCUGAGAGGGAAAACUAAGGAGCAAGAAAAGGAAAUUUUGCACCUUAAGAAAUCAGAAGAGUACUAUCAAAUAGAGAUACAGAGAGAGAAAGAGAGGCGCUCACUAGCUGAAGAUGCUGCAACAAGAGCUCGGGCAAAGCUAACAGAAAAACCAGAAAACAAGAAGACGACCAAAACCACUAAAGAGGAAAAUAAACCGGAGACUACAUCACAAAAAAGGAAAAUAUUCACUAAGAGGCCCUGGGACUAUGAAUCGGCCGAAUCUGAGGACAUGAAAAAGCUUAAACAGAAGGACGACAAAGAAGAAAACAUUCAGGUUAACUGUGGAAUUGUCAGAUAUAUCAACGAUAUAUACCUGGGACAUUUUGAAUCGGCUGAGAAGUUUGUCUUCUGUAAAGCGCCAAUUACGCAAUUCAACUAUGAGGAGAAAACAUUCAAAGACAUUCACAUCACAGAAAAGUCUGUGGAAUUAAAUUCUAGAGAUUGUCAACAGGUCUUGACAGAAGAUGUUAUAACAUCUUUUAAAGGGUCGAUUGAUAACAAGGGAAAAAUUGUGAAAAGUAUUACAGAGAACGAAAUUGAAAAAGUUAUGAAAUCUUUUCUAAAAUUGUAA